GCGGACAUGGCCAUCACGGAAUCAACAUAGUGCAGAAACUCGAGUGGGAUUUCCUGGAAUUGUUGCAAGAGAUAAAGUCGAAAGGCUACCUCAAUAAUACUUUAUUGAUUGUCAUGGGAGAUCACGGCUUACGAUUCGGUGAGGUGAGAGAAUCAAUCCAAGGCAAGCUGGAGGAACGUCUACCGUUUUACACAAUGACCUUCCCGCCAUGGUUCAAGUCUCGCUAUCCCAAACUUACUGCAAACUUAAAGACGAAUACAAAACGUCUGACGUCAUGGUUUGAUGUGUACGCAACGUUUCGCCACAUGUUGUCGUACCCAGACCUCCCGUCGGAUCUAAAGCACGGUCAAAGUCUUCUCACCGAGAUUCCCUACUCUCGCACAUGCGCCGAGGCUAGUAUCCCCGACCACUGGUGCCCGUGUUUAGAGUGGUCUGCGGUAAGCGUAGAGCAUAGUCAUAUUAGAAAUUCAGCACUAGCAACAGUGAAGUAUAUUAAUAAUCUUAAUCAGGAGAAGAACAAAAGUAGAACGUUAUGUGAAAAGCUUACUCUAAUGGAAGUAAAGUAUGCGAUGUUGGAACGACCCAAUGAACGUGUUUUACAAUUCAGUCACGUAGACUGGGAUUGGAAGACGAAUUUUAACGCAGAUUUCAAAACUCUCAGGCAUACCUGUGCCGGUACCAAGUACAAUUUGUGA